AUGCUUACAUUGUACUGUGGGACAUACGCGCUUCUAACAAAUUUAACAUUAUCAAGGUCAUCCCUCACCUGGAAUGAUUAUAUGAGAAGAGAUUCCAGGAAAUUUCAAAGACGGAUCAAAUAUCUACGCCAGGAGCUCCGUUUCUCGCGUCGAGCAACUGCUAGUCCUUGCCAAACAUCACCUCAAAAUAACGUACUUUAA